AUGGGAAUCCUGGUGGGGCUAUCAGGUCGAUACCUCAGAACUCCAGGUCCUGGCUUUUGGGACAGAAAGAGGUGCGUGGGGAUGCAGGAUCUCCGUGAGGAGUCCCUGGAGGACUCCACACAAUCUCUGAUCUCAGAUGAAGAGCAGGUGCACCAGUCUACCGACUAUGGCCAUCGCCAGACUGGGAAUAGAGAUGAGUCUCGAUUGGUGGUUCCCCUGAGGAGAGCACCUGGCUGCCAUCGAAGGCUCUCGGCCCGACCUCGGGGCCUCUCUUUCCAGAGCUCCCUGGAGGUAAUCCAUGAGGAGCCACUGGAGGAGUCCGCACAAUCUCUGUCUUUGGAUAAAGAACUGGUGCACCAGGCCACUGACUGUGGCCAGCGCCAGACUGGGUAUGGAAAUGAGUCGGCCAUCUGCUUUACGGAGCUCCAAGUGAUGAGGACCUCCCAGCCAGCCACCUGGGACAUGCUGGUGAGCUCCCUGGUGCCAGUCCUUUCGGCACAAACCAUCUGCUCCAUGACCUCCCAGGGCUCCUACCACGACAUCAACACCAUGGCAUGGUUCCUAGAGAAACUGGUCAGGAGAAGCACCUCUUCCAUCUACAUCUCCUGGCCAGAAGGAUGCCCUGUGGUCGGCGACCAGUAUGUGAGCAUUCCAAGGCUCAGGUUUGAGAUGGCUGACAUACAGGUCACCACGUCCACAUCAUACCUGGGGCAUCAAGCCACCAUCGCCCUUGCCUGGCUGUACCAAUUCGGGCCCAUUGGCACAAACCCAGAGGGUGGGAUGGCCACAGUUUACCUGCUUCAGAAAGGUAGAGUUUGGGGCUGAAAUUCUCUUUGUCAUGGGGAGGUAAUGGUGUGUUUGGAUAAC